CUGCAACUUUAAGAAUUCACAGACAAUGACCUAGAAACAGAAGUGUGUGGCGUGCGUCUCACUCAGGUUUGGUUUCAGGGAGGAAGUGCUGAGCCACUUAUGUCGAAGUCGACCAGCUGCCAGCCUGCAGCGAAAGACGAUGAAGCCCACUGUGUUAUUUCUCAACUUCUGUGUGUUUCUUGUAACCGUUUCAUGUGAUAUGGAAGCCAAAGUCUUCCAUCUACAAACGACUCCCGACAGAUCUCAGUUCUUUCAGUAUGAGGACGUCUCUCUGAGCUGCAAGGGCUCGCCCGGCGCCGCUCUGCUGAAGAGGAACACCACCAGAGGAGGAGUUGAGUCCUGCCCGAGUGGUUGGGGAACUCUGGAGAACUCGACCUGCAGCAUCCGUACCAUGUACCCCUUCGAUAGCGGACUCUACUGGUGUGAGUCUGACUCAGGAGAGAGGAGCCAAACUUUACACAUCAUAGUCUCAGCUGGUGAUGUGAUCCUGGAGAGUCCGGUCCAUCCCGUGGGGGAGGGGGACAACGUGACUCUGCGCUGUCGAGAGAAGACGCCUUCCUCUGGACUAAAAAAAUUCAGUAAAGACGGCCUCCUCGUUUGGAGCAACAUCACAGAAACUCUGACCAUCCACGGUGUGUCCAAGUCCGAUGAAGGACUCUACAUGUGCAGCAUCCCCGGAGUCAGCCAAUCACCAGGCAGCUGGCUUUCCGUCACAGUGUCAGAGCCGGCAGCAGCUCCUGUGUUUCCCGCCCUCAGAGUUAUUCGUCACGCAGUGGCGGGGUUUCCUUACCUGCUGUCCACGGUCAUCCUGGCACUCGUAUACAGAGACAAGAGAAGCGCUGCUCAGGAUGUUUCAGAGGACCGGAGCCAUCGCGUCGUCAUGGAGGUGGUAUAGACGACGAAACAGAUCUUAAACAUUAUACCUUUAUGUUUGUCUGUAAGAUUAAAUUUCUUUGUUUUGUUUGUCAUUUUGUGCACAAACACAAAUAAAGUGUUUUA